AUGGAGUAUGGUGAAAAUAGCAAAGACAAAGGAGUAAAAAGGGAGGAGAUCAUCAAAGAAGUGAAGAAACAGCUACAGCUGUCGGCCCCUUUAAUAGGUGAAGCUUGUUGCUCUCUUUCGUCUGCUUCGCUGGCCACUUCUUUCGCAACCGUAUUGGGGUUUAACUUGCUGCAUUGGACCCUAUGUGGCCAAUCAUACGAGGCGAAGCAGUAUCGAAUGCUCGGCACGCACACGCAACAAGCCAUGGUUGUUCUUUCGCUGAUCACCGUACCUUUAGCUAUCGUUUUACCCAAUGCCUAUUCGAUCCUGGUUGCCCUCGGCCAAGACCCUGAAAUUUCUCGAGCAGCAGGAGCAGUUGGGCUUGGGAACACAGGUGCGGCUCUGGCUGGUUCCAUUUCUUACUGGAUCACUGCUCCUUCAGCUGUAAUGCUUGGAAUCAUGGUCAUUCCAAAUACUGGUGUUCCUGUCGGGUCUUCUUCGGAAUCCGGAGUUGGAAACUUCUGUGAUUACAAUCUGGAGCUGAAGAUCCAAAAGCCCCGGUUGGCCGUGCGUGUAGCCCUGGUCCUGGCAGUGGCUCAGGCAUUUGGUGGGAUUGGCACUGAUGCUGAUGAGCAAUGCUUUGGGAUACGCUUAUGGUUUUCUUCUUCGAACUUGGGCAUUGCAAGAAGAUGUGGUUGGCAAAAGAUUGGUGCAUACGUGAACCUCGGAUCUUAUUAUAUUGUUGGCAUCCCUUUGUCUAUUGUAUUAGCUUUUGUCUUCCACCUUGGCACCAAGGGGCUUUGUCUUGGUAUCAGGGCUGCACUCUUUACUCAAAUGAUGUUUCUUUUGAUCAUCACAGCACGCACUAACUGGGAACAAGAGGUGAAAAACCAUCAAUUCUCUCAUUGCUGCAAUUUCAUCACUGUAGCUUUGCUUUUCAGCACAAAUUUACAAGCUUCAUUUGUCGAAUUUUUCAGGCUAAAAAAGCUAUGCAAAGGGUUUUCUGAAUCUUAA